AUGACAUCACAACUCAACCCUGGCGAUGGCGAAGCUGUCCACAAGGAACAAGAAAUCGUGGAUCUUGAGCAUGACUCUGGGAGAGAUUCCAAAAAACCUAAACUCGUAAAACAAUCAGGUUUUGAAAAUUUGCCGAAGUUCCGUUUCUUCUUUGAGAAGCAGUUCAGCUACCUUGGACAUUCAAUUAAGUCCCAAAAGUUCUUUUCAACUUGUAAAAAGUGCACCGAAGCUGGUAAAAAAAGUCGAGUUUACUCAUUUAAUGAGAGUAACUUUAAAGUAAACGGAAAUCGUCAUUAUAGAAACUCACAUAAAGAUGUGGCUUUGGAAAUUGAAAUCCCACGAGAAAAUCAUAAGAAUCUGCAAGAUUUGGUCUCCGUUGAUGGGCUACCUUUCAGUUUUGUUAAUGGGCUAGGAUUCAGGAACUUUGUAUCGGACCUUAAUCCACGAGUUAUAGUUCCUGACCGAGUGACCUUGGCAAGAAAAUUAGCAAACACGGUCAACAAGAUUAUAAAACCUAAAAUUAAAGAUCCACUCAACCAUGUUCAGGAUUACAAUGUUCACAUAUCAUCUGACAUAAAGAAACAAAACCGGACAUGGAAAUUGGUGUCAAACGUCCUUUCAGCCGUGCAAUUUAAUGAGCGCCACACUGGAGAAAAUAUAAAGCACAAAUUCCAGCAAUCUCUAAACUCGUUAGGAAUUAACACGACCAAGAUCGGUUAUCUUGUGACUGACGGUGCUAGCAAUAUGGUGUGCGGCUUCAAGAAUUGGACCGAGGAGGCUGAAAAUCUUAUGACGGAUGAAGACGAUUCAGCUAUCGACCUUGAAGACGAUUCACAACCGGAAGACUCUGAUAUUAGUGAGAGCUCUGAGGAUGAAGAGGAAGAAAGUAAUGCAGAUGAUGAAGUCACUGUAGCGACGCCAAAUAUUACAAUUGGUGAAAAAGUCAGGAUUUCUUGUUAUGCACAUACCUUGCAAUUAGUUAUCAAAGACGUCAUUGGAAAAGGCGGGAGACCUAAAGAAGUUCUGGAUUGUGCUUUCAAAAUUGUAAAGUAUUUCAUGCGGUCGAAUUAUUGGAGAAAGCGACUUAAAAAAGUCGUGGGCAAAGUGUUGAUAAAGCCAGCUGCUACUCGAUGGAAUUUUAUUUACUAUGAUAAAGUGUACGGUGAGGUUUGUAAUCUAAUAAGAGAAGCCAGCACUUGUCCCAAGAAGCCAAAAAAUCUGCCACCCACACCAAGCAUCGAGCCGCAAGAAAAAAUGAUCGAAAUAAAAAAUCUCCUGAAGCCAAUAUGUGACGCAACGAAUAAACUUCAAGGUGAUGGGGUAACCAGUAGUUUGAUUUACUACUCGAUAGUCAAUGCAUUUAAUGAAAUUGCUAAAACUCCAACUACACGAUUCACUUGUAUGAAAGCACAAUUACUGGGUGGACUGAAAAAUCGAUUCGAGAAAGCAAUAAAUAAUGACCCCCACAUUAUCCUGAGUGCUUUGUUGGACCCUCGUCAAAAAUCCGACGUGUUUAAAAUCAAACCUGCCGUGUAUGGAACCAGAAGCCUUGAAACUCCUUCAAUUGACAAGGUCACUGAUAUGCUCAAGUCAUAUUGCAAGGAAGAUCCUUCGGCUGAAGCAGCAUUACACACAUUUCCUGAAAACGAAGAUAACGACGACGAUCCAUUUUCCAUGCUGCCAAGGAUUGUCAAUUCGAGUACUACUGUCUCUCAUGAAGUAGACAAAUAUUUAGCUCUACAAAGAGAACCGUCAAAAUCCGAUCCACUAGAAUUUUGGGCUAAAAACGAAACCAGCUUUAAAGAAUUGUCAAAUUUGGCCAGUCAAGAUCUUGCAAUUCCGGCAUCAACGGGCAGUGUAGAAGUGUAG